UCGACUAGGUGAACGGCAGUUAUUCUGAAAUCGUUUUUUUGCAGGCUUGCCAUGAUAUUCUUGACACUAUUGUGGUGUGUGUAGAGCUCAACCUGGAAGUAUGAAACCAGAGAUAAGUUUUCUUUCGAAAACCCAAUCAAUUGGUGGGCUUUCACCUGUCCCGGGCAGUCGAUGAGAAAAUAACGAUCUCCAUACGUGUUCAUUUGCUCCAGUAGCCAGUCUAAAUUCAUUUCCAAAUGUUCCAUGCAAUAUACAAAGCUCCCAUUUGGACCCAAUUUCAGCCUUUCCAUGACGUCAUCCAGUCGAAUUAAGCAGGAAAUGUCAACUGAUGCUUCGUAAGGUAGCACGUCGUUUGCGGGAUCUAUGUUGAUUACGGCUACUUUCCGCCCCAGCGACGUCAUGAACUCUUGCAUUGCUUUGCAGUAGCUCGUUUUCCCCGAGCCCGGAGGCCCUAUUACCACUUGUCCAAAUUUCAUUGCUUCUCAUUAAAACCAGAUUAAAACCCUUCUGAUAACUACUGCUAAAAAGCAUAGAGAUUUACAAAAACUUCUCCAACGAGUGGCGCCAUUUUAGUUUUGAGCUACAGUAGCGCCACCAAUAGCAAUUAACAUUCUCUUACACUACGCUUUCAUAGCGUUGUAAAGCAGCAGAAUCAGACUUUAUGGGAUUUCGGAAAGUAAUAAGAUAGGUCUUGAUUUACUGACGUCUUAAUAGUCGAUUUUUUGUUGACACCGUACACCCGCGCAGUCGCGAGAUGUCGCUACCACACUUUCUCUUCUCCCCGUUUGUGUAUGUAGCAUAGCAACAAGUGCACAAGUGACAAAUCUCCGGGGAUGACUGUGUCUAUGUUCGCCAAAACCGCCAGCUUGCGGCGGGCUGUACAGCUAAUAAAUAGACUAGACGAUUCAAAAUUUGGAGCCCUCUUGUCGCGCAUCCUGCAAAAGUUGCACUUAAAGGAUGAACGGAGUUUCAGUGAAGAGGAAGAGCAAAAGCUUCAGAAAGCAUUUUCCUUGAGCAACGAUGAGCUCACCCUAGUUUUGGAUACAUUGUCAUUUAUUCUGGAACAGGCUGCUUUUCACACUGCAAAGCCGUCAGUGCUUCAUGCUCAACUUGAAGAUUUGGAGCUCAGCGAAGCGAAGGUGAACUGCAUCGUACAGGCCUGGUCUUCAACAGCCAAACAAGUAAUUGAGCGACUCAAACGACGCACCAUUGCUGAGCACCAGCUAAGUGACGUGAAUGUUGAGCUGCGUGUACAAGGUGCACAAAGGACGGCUUCGCACAUGAAGUCCCCAAAGGCUCUCAUGGACCUUGUUGUUUCAAGUGGAGCAGCCCAUGAUCACUUGCUGCUUCAGUUUUCCCAUCAACAACUUUAUAACCUCUACACCAAGUUGGAACAGAUCCAGGCUCAUCUUGACACUUUGAUGUAGUCAGAAGAAACGGUAGCCUCUCCAACUUGUAGCCCAACAUCUGGACUGCAGAUGGAAGAAACAAAGACUCUCUCCUCUCUGAAAAGGAUGAAGCAGUGCUGCUUUUUGCAUACCUCCAACAUUCGAGAUUUUUUUUUUUUUCUUUUCCUUCUUCUUUCUUCCUUUCUGUUUUAAUGUACAUUUUGCAGGAAAACAAACAAACAAAAACAACAAUAUAUAUUGCUUUAGGAUGGGUAUCGUGGGCUCCAAGGCCAUGUAGUGUGAUGAGCUCCACAAGAUUGGUUAACUUUAUUAUCAAUCAUAGUCUCAAUUUUGCAUGGACACCAGCUGAGCUGAGUCAGCGACUGUGGAUUUAGUAUAUUUCUGAAACAGACAGACCUGCUUGCUUGACUUGUAGAUAUUAUUGGUUUCACGUGAAAUUACUCUGGGAAUAAUGAAAUAUUUACUGACUGUCCCACAGAUCUCACCUGACCUAAUGCAGCAACUUCUUUUUUUUUUUUUUUUUCUACUUGGAGGCUAUGAGCUGAAAGCAGCACACUUAAUCUGUUUACUGACUUUGUUUGGGUGCAGAAAUUUAAUAUUGGAGCUCUCACAUUAGUGCACUUGCAAAAGCAAGUGCUGAUCAUGUUACACAAUUGGAACGCUAUAAUUUCCACAAUUCGUCGGACUUUUCUUCUUUUGCUUACUUGUACAUCUCAUCCAGAUUCCCUUCCUCGUGGGAGGAUGACUGAGCCAGGCUGUGUUAUUCUGGGAGUCUUAAAUAUUACUCCAAUAAUGAGAAUUCCCUCCAAACUUCACGAUACAUAUUUUGGGGGUAUGCUUGACACCCUCGAUAAAACGCACAAUGAGUUUUUAAAUUGUUUGUGGUGUGCUGUAUCUCUUAUAUACCUAGUUCCAUUCAUAAGGGGCAUUAGUGUGGUAAAUGUGACUGAAGGAUGGAACAUGUUGUUUUGACCUGUAUUUGCUUCUUUAUGUCUUGCAUUUGUGCUUUGCUGACAGUGUAUCAUGACAUCAGAAGAAUAAUUGUGUGGGAUAUUUGAUUUGGGGGGGGGGGCAAAUAUUGGGCAUAAUUGGGUAUAACCCUAAAAAGUUGGGCCCUAAUUAUAAAGUGCGCUUCACGCAAAACUAGAAUGACAAUUACAGCACAUUGUUUGUGACAACCUUUCCUGAGAAAUACUGUAUAUUUAGAGCCUGAAGUUUUUGGGAAAUAUUUUUUUCUAAAUUCGGGGGGUAAAAAUCGGGUAAAUAAACGUGUGCACUAAAUUCAUGCGAAUUCGGAGUGAAAAAACUUCCAUUGCGCUAAAAUCGGGGAGAAAUCGGGCUCAGUUAUUCAAACUAACUGUAGCGAUUUGGUACAAACGGUGAUGUAACUACAUUUUUCUGCCAAACAAGUAAGUUGGUGCAUUCCUACAGACAUCCCAGAGAGGGCAAUUUGCCUGGUAAAAAUCGUGUUUGACCCUAAAGAGGCAACCUUUAAUUCGGGGUGCAAAUUCGGCGAAGAAUCGGGUAAAACCCUAAAACUUCAGGCUCUAUGUAUAUUUACUUGCACGAUUAACACACUUUAACAAAAAAAUAUAGUGCCAUAGAAAGGGAUGUUAGGUACAUAAGGAAGAAGUAACAUGUACAUGGUACAUUAACAGGUAUUCUGUGGAUUGAUGGCACAUUUUAUUACAAAAUGUUAGCAUGGUGGUGUUGCCUGCAAGACAAAAGAAGCAAAAAGGCAUAAAACAUUUUAAGCGUGCUGUACCUUGUGGUGAAUGUCUGUAUACUUGUUACCCAGUUAUUAGCUAGGAAUACAACAUUUGCGAAUGACCAUUUUCACGCUGUGGUCUGUCAAGUAUUGAAAGACAAAGUGCUGUGAACCCAAUGACACGACAUGACAUGGCUCAAGCAAGUGACUGUUUGAUUUUUGUGUUUUUUUUUUCCUGAACUUUUGCGGUUUGGGAGAUGAUACUGUUCUUUUUCUUCCAUGUUAUGUGUGUAUUUAUGCAUUGCGCAUACCCAGGGAUAUUCCAGGUUGUUUAUAUCUUGCAUCGCAUUUUUGUUGCAUACCUUUUUUCCGUGGAAUGAUCACUCGGCGUGAGAUGAAAUGAGAGUGAAGGUGAAUGUGAAAUGCUGAACCCAACAAUAAUGCAUGGUUAGUGCAAGAGAACAUGUGGACAGGAAAGAGAAAUUGUUGGGGACAUGAUUGGGUGUGUCUGCUCGAACCUUUAGAGCCUUUAUGAUGAGUCAAACUUCUUUGGGAUCUCAACAAGGGAGGUUUUGUGGGUGAUCGACCUUCUUUUGUAACUCAUGUACGUCGCAACUGGCAUGUCCGUGGAAAGCAACCCCAUCUGUAUUUACCUGUACGAGUAAUGCACAUUUUUAACUCGGAAACGUAGCAGCGUAGAGUGGGCGGGUUAAUCAUGAGAGGGCUAACCAGGUCUCGUAUGGUUGCCCAGUACGGUUCUGAGCUUAAAGUAAUGGUCAAAGACACUGUCCAUUGAGAGAGGGGGGACGGCUGCUUGGAUUUUUUGCUUAGCUGUCCUCAGUCUACAGCAGUGCUUCCCAAACUCUGCUCCCCAUACGAAAUAUAAGAUCAUCCCCCCCCCCCCCCCCCCCUUCACAGCUUUUUGCAAUGCCACAAGCUUUGCGAUUUCAGUGCAUGAACGGUAGUGCAGAGAACUGACGCUGAAUGACAUUUAUUUUGAGAGUUAAUGUAGUCAUAGUAAAUCAGCCGGGCAAGAAGCCAUCACAAAAAGAAACAAAAGAAAACGCGUGCCAGCAGAAAUGCCUGUUCCCAUUCACUAAAGUGAGCUUGUUUGUUAGACAUCGGGGUCAGCUACCGCAAGCUUUUUUGUGACUCAGAAUAGUGGGCACAGCAUGUUCUAAGAACAUCGUUUGCUGUCUUUUUUUUUUUUUAAGUUUCCCGAGUUGUUUCGCGAUCCCCUGCUGAAUCUGUCGCGACUCACAGUUUGGGAAACACUGGUCUACGGACAUGUAAUGGACCUUUGUAGUCAUAGUCUUCACUUUCUGUUUCUGACACUUCCAAUGAUCUUCCAUCCCUUUUCGUUCCAUAUUUUAUCCUAUAUAUGGUACGUCUAAUAAUUGUAGCUGGGCUUCACUUGGAUUGACCUGUAGUCCAUUACGAAAAUGCUGCGAAAACCACAUCGGGAUCAGGAUUGAUAAAGAUGCAUGGGAUGGUUGAUAUGGAUUGAACUGUCCCAUUAGGCUCCCCUGCAGUAGACCAAGUAUAAUUCCUAGCCCGAUAUUUUGUCCCGUCUAUGUGGAGGCGGUGCGUCAGAAAUUCUUUGCUAAAAAUGCUUUCCGUCAUUAUUCUCUGGCACGGUAACAGGUUGAUUGGGCAAGACAGUACAAAUGCUGGAAGCGUGGGUGGUGGAAAUUGUAGCUUUCAGUUUUGGGGGCUCUCUGUUGUGUAACGAUACCUGUGUCAAUGGCAAUAUCUGAGUGUGAUGAAAAGAUGUGGGACCAUAGCUGUGAAUGCAGGUUGAGCAAAUAAUUUUGUUCUUUUUCUUUCCCCCUUUUGUGUACAUAUUGUGUUAACAUUUUCAGUGUUGCACGCUGUGUUGCGCUAUAGGAAAUGCAGCCAUUACUGGAAAUUUCCCACGUAUUCAUACUCUUUCCAGUGGAUCCAUCUUUGAGGAACCCAUUAUACCAAAUAAUGUCUUGGGUGGUCUUUUCCUGAUUUCUGCUCCAACAAAAUGUUACGGGUAAUGCCUCAAGCCAUCGUAUGUACGGUUUAGCGUUUCUUGUUGAAUUCUGUAUAAGCCAAAUCCAUCGCACCUGUAUGGAACAUUUUCUCCUCCUUGUUACAUGAUCUGUUAGGACUUGGGUUGUAGCACAUCCGUUUCCUCUUAAGCACCUACGUAAGAAAAUUAUCUUACACAAAAUGUAGUGGGUAGCCACCAGACUAAUUUUGUUUGGUACAUUAGGAACUGAGGGUGUUGUACGAACCAUGUUGACGAACAAAGAACAGCAAGCAUCACUUGUAUCAGAACAGAAGUGUAUUGUGUAUUCCAACAGCUGAGCACCCUGCAAUGGCUCCAGAAGGCAGACGUUAAAGGGACACUGAAGUGCAAGAAGGUUGUCCUCGCUGAAUGAAAGAUGACAUUGUCUUGACAGUGUUACAAAAGGAAUGGGAUUCAUCUGCUGCAUCGUUUUUUAUGUAGGCGCGAAGGUAUCUGCAGUUUGCGCUGUUCAGCUUCUCUAUUUCUCAAGAGGCUCGACCUCUCAUUGGUUCCCGCGAAAAACUCCUUGCAAUGGUUAGGCGCCCUAUCCACACCGCCCUGUUGUGAGAAAGAGAGAAAGCCUAAAUCGUGAUUUCCUUCGCGUCAAAUAACGAAUGAUGCAGCGGACAUUUCAUUUCACGAGGAGAAAUACUUUCACUUUACUGCCCCUUUAAUGUCCCAAUGCUAUACUUUGAAUUUUUUUCUCACCCCACCUGUUGUACAGUAGGAUACCAUGCCAUGGACGAUGGUACCAUACCAUAUUUCCUUGCAUAAUUACCACACUUUUUUUUUUCUUUUUUCAAAAAACGUGGCGCCGUAGAAGGGAUGCGUCAUUGAGCGAGUAAAUACUGUAUUAUGAAUUCAGUGAAGGGUUGCUCAAGCAAUUCCUAGAAAUUUGUACCAGAGUAAAGCGUAUCAGACUGGAAAAGGUUUAUCCUGAAAUACGGCACAUGACCAUAGCAUGACAGUGCCUCACAACCUGAUUGCACGGUGGAAAAACGCACAACCUUCCUGUAACCACUUUGGGUGCGAUCAUGAAUUUGUGGGAUAUGUGUAUGUUCAUCUGUAUUCAUGUAUUUGAUGUAUUGGUAAACCAUGUUUCAAUGGGCUCGGUACCUCGGAUGGGAAACAGGUGUUGUACUUGGCAAGAUGAAGCAUGAAGGAUUGCCAGCCUGUGUUGCUUAUGCAAGAACAGUGAGAGUUUUGUGACAUUUCUGGGGCAUUGGAAAGGAGGCUGACCAUUGUAGAAGCCUGUGUAAAUGUAAAGGGAAAGAAAGUGUAGAAGUAUAUUUUUUAAUGCUGCAAGGAGAUGUGCUUGUGCCACCUAGUGGUUAAAAUUGUUGUGCGAGGGUUAUAGACGGCAGUCCAGUUCCACCAAUGCCCCGUUACCAGACAACAACAGUUGUGGCAAACUCCACUGGCUGACUGGAGCAGAUUUAGGUUGGGUUAGGCUCGCAUGUAUUGCAGGUUGCAAGUUCGCUUUGUGGUGCUCUUGCCCUGCCAAGAAGGCUUGGAUACUGUUGUCACGUCCGAGCAACAGCGAGCAUUGGGUCAACUUGCACAGGGUUUGCCGUUGGUAAUCCACCAGAGAAAAACAAUCUUGCUUCAGCCAAGGAUUCAGUCCUUCAGUUCCGGAUUUGGUUGGCCUGUAUCGGAUUUGGGGUACCUGCUCCUGAUCAACCAGUGGGAGCCGCCAUUAGAAGUGAUUUAACGUUUUGUCAGCAGUCGCGUGUACGGUGGCGCAGCAAGGGCAAAGCAGAUUGUGUUCCACCUGAGGACUUUGCCAACCAUGACACAUACAGAGAUGAGACUCUGAGGGAGUUCCGAGUGACCGUGAUCACUGCUGAUCAAUGUGUGCUCCGUCCAUGACAUGUCUCUGCCCCAGUCGUCCUGGUUUCCAGUGUCUCGAUCCAGCCGUUAUUUGCACGUUAGUGAACUGUCUUUGAAUUGGAAGCACUGACCAUCUCACGGUGCAGAAUCUGCCACUGUUGCUGCCUCUAAAGUAACGUGAUGCAAAACUUGCUCGCAAUUUUCGCGACUGAACGCAAUACAAGAGGUGCCACCAGGGCACAGUACAGCCCUCCUUAUCUCGCUUGACCAAUCACAGCACUCCCCCGGGGUCUCCUCCCUGUUCCAUUGAGGUUGUUUAUUAUUAUGGCAACUGUUAUGCUCCAGUUGAGUGUUCCAGAAGUUUCCACAACCAAAGAGGAAAGACACUUCUUGCUUGUCCCCCCACAAGUACCUUGACACACAGAUGCGAAGCAUAUUUUCUGGUCGCGUUUCUAGAAUGUUGCUUCCGGAAAGAUUACUGUUUUUUUAAAAAAAACAGGACGUACAAAGUGUAAUGAAAGACAUUGCCAGUUUUGCUGCAAGAAUGAACAUAUUUUUGUGAUGUUGACAAACCUUGUGGUAACUAUUCACUCCUCUGCACUUGAAGGUUUGUGUCAAUUGAAUGUCUUUGGAUUGAGUAACUUACCUCUUGUUGAGUGUUGUUAUUAUUACUCACUUUAAUCUGAGAGUACAACAAAUUCAUUGUGCUGCUUUGAGCUAUUUGGGCACAUGUGAACUGUAUUUGCUUUCUGAUUUGUGCUGAUGAUCGGCAGUAUUCUACAAAGCUUAAUUGUCGGUUCUCUGUGUUUCAUUGCGUCCUAUUUAUUUUUCUUGAAUAAUGUUCUUUUUUGUGAUCAUUACUUUCAGCAAAAUAAAUCACAUUUCAUUGUUCA